GCCCCGCUCCGGGGCUGAGAGAGCGGGCUGCGCGGGGAGAAGUGCGCGCAGUCCCUGAUGGAGGCUUUCCAGGCGGUGGCCAGCAAGCUCCCGCCGCCGCACCAUCAUCACCCCCACCAGCGCCAGCACCCCCCGCCCAUGGCCUUUUUGCAAAGCGCUCGCUACGUGACUGCUAAGAGCCAUCAUCCCCACGGAUCCGGGAGCGCCUUCAACUCGUGGAACGACUACCUGGGGCUUGCCACGCUUAUCACCAAGGCGGUGGGCGAAGAGAAGGGCUUCGGCGGGGACCCCGCCUCCCCAUCCUCCUCGUCGUCGUCGUCCUGCUGCUCGCCCCAUGCUGGGGCCGCCGGAGGAGGGAUGGUGGUGGCGGCGGCGGCGCUGGGGCCGCCCGACGACGAAGAGGACGACGACGAGGAGGCGGCCACGACCCCUUAUUUCGGCAGCGCUCUGGAUCUACGGGACCUAGAGCUAUGCGGAGGCCACCCAGCUGAUAGCCUGCUGGAGGAGCGCUUCGCCGACUUCAGCCCCUUCUCGGGCGGCGCCGGGCCGGCCGCGGCAGCCGCCGCAGCGGUGCUCUUCGAUUGCGCCUCGGAGCCCUUGGAGAGGGAGCGGGCGCCGGCGUGGGGAGGGGCCGCGGAGCCCCGGCUCCAGAGCGGGCCGAAACCGGCGGGGAGGCUGCUGAAGCCUGACCUGCAGGUCUGUGUGUUCUGCAGGAACAACAAGGAGGCCGUGGCACUCUACACUACCCACAUUCUGAAGGGACCCGACGGGCGCGUCCUGUGCCCCGUGCUGCGGAGGUACACGUGCCCCCUAUGCGGGGCCAGCGGGGACAAUGCCCAUACCAUCAAAUACUGUCCCCUUUCCAAAAUGCAGGCGCAUGCCACCAAACAAAUAAAAAAUGCCAGGAACGUCUUGGGCAAGAAGAUCCGCUGAAGGAUUUUGCGUUUGGAAUUUUUUGUUGUUCUCUUCGCCCACCUCUUCCUGUUGGCUUCCGAGGAAGCUGGAGAAAGUGGAAUGAACAGUUGGUUGCGAUUUAAACUUUGGAGUCUUGCUUUUGGUUUAAGUCUAGGCGGAUUACUUUUAUGUGUGUAUGUAU